AUCUAGUAUUACAGGCCAACUACGCAAGAUCGCAGCGAUCGAAGGAUAUGAAGAAUGGGGCUAACAAGGUACCAUAUGGAAGCUACCACGACUACAAGCGACAGCGAAGACGAUGACGACGACUUUACUCAGUGCAGACCGACAGCCAUACAAGAUAGGGAGAGCCGUUCCAUUGAGACAAGGCGCGAGGAGCGCGGGUACUGAGCUCGACGGCUCGAAGGUUCGUUUUGAUUUUGAAACAUUUUACUUAUGUCUGCGUUAUUCUAGGGAAGCCGGCUGUCUAUGACGAACGGCGACCACGAUACGAGAGACGAUGACGAUGCUCGACACAGACCAAAGACUGCGUGAAGCUAGAACGGCUGCUCUAUGGAAACGAGGCACGAUGGGCGCAGAUAUUGAGCACUACAGCUCAAGGGUUUGUUUCAGUUUCAUGGCAUUUUUCUUACAGCUAUCCUACUCUAGGGAAAACGGACAUACGCGACGAAGCAUGACAGAGGUCCUUGUGAUCGCAAUUCGAGGAUCAACGAUGGACUACGAACGAGCGAUGGCGACAGUGAGAAGAGAAACGAUGACGACGACAGUGCUGGAUGCAGAGCGAUGGCCAUGUGAGGCUGGAACAACCGUCCUAUGGAGACGGGCCAUGACAAGCACAGCUACUGAGCUUGAUGGCUCAAUGGUCUGCUUGGAUUUUAACACGUUGUGCUUACAGCUACCUUAUUCUAGGAAAAAUGGAUGCACGAGACAACGACUGAGUGACAUCCAAGCCGCUGCGAUGUGAGGAACUAUGAUGAUCUAUGAGCAUGCCAAAUGCAAAUGGCAGGCCAUGAAUGUGACUGAUAUUCAGUUUGUUCUGGAGAAAGAUUUAUAGUUAAAUGUUAGCUUAAUGUGAACCUGC